CAAAUAUUUUCUAUAUUUAGUUCAGUAUUUCUUACAUUAUUAUUUCAAUGCAAUGACUUGGACUUUUACAAUGAAGUGCCUAUGGUGGCAUUGUCAAUGUCAAUAUCUAUUGACUCAACAUCACAUUGCUGCUCCGAGUGGUAGGUAUAUGUGUUCGCCUUCAUAGGUGUGUGUGUGUGUGUUGUGAGUUUAUGCGUUGUAACAUGUCUCUCAAAAUAAAAUAUUAACUAUAGUAUAUUGGCCAACAUUCAAAAUUUGGAAGUAUAACUCAUACAACUUCUAGUAACUUGAUGACAUAUAGUUUAAUACAUGACCUUAGAUAUGAAACAUUAAGUUGCAUAUAAACAUCAAUCGAGAAUAUUUAUGUGGGGACAUGAGUCAUUAAUAAGAAAAUAUUCACGACCAAUAUUGAUUUCUCCAUUUAUACUUGGGCGAAGAUCGGUGCGGAUUUUCUACGCGUGUGAAGGCAGUGGAGAUAGGUUGUCCAUUGGCCACACUUACCUUUUCCCAUCUAUAAAUACCUUGUCAUACGAGGCAUACCAGCACCCAACCACCAGACUAUCUAGUGGGAAGAGUAGGAAGAUCCCCAAUCUCCUCCAGCACCAUCUGGCUCUAACCUUCAGCUACAUGUUACAUUAUUUGUUUUCCUGCCUUGUUUUAUCAUCAGGCUUCUGGCGCUUUUAGUUUCAUCGUGAGGCUUCUGGUGCUUUUAUAGUGUCCAUGCUUUACAUCCAUGAGAAUGUUAGAGGUGGAUCUAUACCAGUAUAGGGUGGAAGUAUUCAUUUUAAUUUGAUCUGUUAAUCAAUAUCUUCAUGGUUGUUGUUCUUAGCACCCAUCUAUAUGCAUUUAUAUAUUAUUGCUGGCAUGUUAUCCUGGCGCAUCGGUUUUUUCAGCUCUGUCAUUGUUUCAUUUGAAAUAGACAAUUUUGUUUCAUUGUGUUAUGCGAUGUUUAAACUAUGAGUUUAGUAAUAUAUUAAGAUUUUGCUAGUUGAUUCUUUUCAAGAAUAACAAUGUGCUUGCAAGUACUAAUAUGGCAUGCAUGGAUCAAGAAUAAAAUAUAUUCAUGUGUUUGUAAUUCAUUUAGGUGAUCAUGGAGCUCAAGGCCAAAGGAUCCACCUCUAUCAAGGCACUACUUCUAGAGGACAUUGGAGUUUCUAGGUUGGUCCUCUCAACAAUUCUGCUCAGACUUCACUGUGAGGUUACUCUAGCCAUGAAUGGGAAGGAAGCUGUUGAUUUGUUCCUUGCGGGGAAAAAGUUUGACAUUGUUUUGUUCGAUAAGAAUAUGCCCAUCAUGACUUGUCCAGAGGCAAUUGUGAAGAUUCGUGCUACGGGGGAAACUGAUGUGAAGAUGGUUGGGGUUUCUGCCGAUAACCAUGCCAUGGAGCCGUUCAUGAGUGCUGGUGCUGAUUUAUUUGUGCCCAAACCAAUGAGGAUGGAGGCUCUUGGCCCUAUCAUUCAGGAGGUCUUCAACAAGAAGAAGAAUGAGAUGGCCUAGCGCAAUUCAUCUUGCUUAAGUGGUGGAGGAAAUAAUAAUGUAUAACUUUUUGAUCUAUGUCUGCUUCAGUCUCCAUUGUUGUGUUGCUUGUUCAAAUGUAUCAUUUGAUUUCGAGAACUUCAUGUUAAUGGCAAGACA